AUGUCGAAGCGCUCUGGACUGCCCAAUGGCGUCGACAAGGCCGCCAAAGAGGUCACCCAGGAGCCCACGGAAGACAAGCAGUCCCGCCUGCUCAACGACCCCAACCCAGGCCACUUCAGUCUGGUCCGAGCCUACCACCUCGCCGACCUCAUCACCCUCAUGAACGGCUUCUGUGGAGUCAUGUCGAUCCUGUCCUCCUUGCGCUACGCCAUGGGCUCGCCUCAGGACACUGGCAACGCGUGGGCUGCCCUCGCCUUCAUGCCAUUUGGCCUGUUCUUCGACUUCUUCGACGGCAAGGUUGCAAGAUGGAGGAAGAAGAGCAGCUUGAUGGGUGCGGAGCUCGAUUCGCUGGCAGAUCUGAUAUCCUUCGGAGUUGCACCCGCUGCCUGCGCUUUCUCGCUCGGCAUGCACACGCCUCUGGACCAGCUCCUCUUGACGUGCUUCGUCCUGGCUGGACUCGCACGACUGGCUCGCUUCAACGUCACUACGGGCAACGUUCCAAAGGACGCCUCCGGCAAAGCCAAGUACUUCGAAGGACUUCCAAUCCCCACCAGCUUGACCAUUGCUGGUUUGAUGGCGUUCUGGGUGUCGCGAGGCUGGAUACAGCAGGAUAUCCCAUACGGAACGAUUGGUGCGGGCUCGAUCUUCGAGUUUCACCCAAUCGUCGGACUGUUCCUCGGACACGCAUGUUGCAUGACGUCUAAGACCCUGCGCAUCCCCAAGCCUUAA